UUUCAUUUUCCCAAAAACCCAAAUCGAGACUUCCUCCAACCCGAAGAGCCAUAAGCUAUCUCCUGCUCAACCCGCCACACGCGCUCUCUAUCUCUCUACACCCUAGACCAUUAUUCUCUCAUUUUUCUUCCUUUUAUCGCUGUCCAAACACACCUGACACUCUUUAUAUCGCACUGUAAAUACUUUAUUUCGAGAGAUAGAAGAGUAGCUAACGAAGCAAACAAAGAUCAGACCUUUUUGGUCCCUAAUCGGGCUAUGGCUUGGAGGCGCCUAAUCGCUCAGGUUUCAAGGCAUCAAUCAGAUUUAAUAGAGUGCAAGAAUUUCUUGAGCAAAACUUACUUUCCUGUUAACAAGUUUGGAGGUGGAAAUGGGCUUUUAAAUGUUGAAAGGAGAUUUCAGUCAAGCUAUGUUGGUAACUUAGCUCGUCGGGCACGUGAUACAGAUGAAGCUAAUGAAGUUGCAUAUCUUAAAGAACUUUACCAUCGAAAUGAUCCUGAAGCAGUAAUACGACUAUUUGAAAGUCAACCAUCAUUACAUAGUAACAAUGCUGCACUUUCAGAAUAUGUAAAGGCAUUAGUCAAAGUUGACAGGCUGGAUGACAGUGAGUUGCUGAAGACUUUGCAGAGAGGCAUCAGAAACUCGGCAAAGGAGGAAGAAGGCAUAGGAGGUCUCUCUGCUUUCAAGAACGUGGGAAAACUUACAAAAGAUGGCAUUCUUGGAACUGCUGGUGCACCUAUUCACAUGGUGGCUACAGAAGGAGGCCAUUUUAAGGAGCAGCUUUGGCGUACUAUUCGUACUAUUGCACUGGCCUUUUUGUUGAUUUCUGGUGUAGGAGCACUUAUUGAGGACAGAGGAAUCAGUAAAGGACUUGGCCUACAUGAAGAGGUGCAACCUAGCAUGGAAUCUAACACCAAAUUUAGUGAUGUAAAGGGUGUUGAUGAGGCAAAGGCGGAGCUAGAAGAAAUUGUCCAUUAUCUUCGAGAUCCAAAGCGCUUCACUCGUCUGGGUGGUAAGCUCCCAAAAGGUGUUUUACUUGUUGGCCCACCUGGGACUGGUAAGACUAUGUUAGCCAGAGCUAUUGCUGGUGAAGCUGGGGUUCCUUUCUUCUCAUGCAGUGGAAGCGAGUUUGAGGAGAUGUUUGUUGGAGUUGGAGCCCGAAGGGUGAGGGAUCUUUUUUCUGCUGCAAAGAAACGGUCGCCUUGUAUAAUAUUUAUUGAUGAGAUAGAUGCUAUAGGAGGAAGCCGCAACCCUAAGGAUCAACAGUACAUGAAGAUGACUUUGAAUCAGUUGCUUGUUGAGUUGGAUGGCUUUAAGCAAAAUGAAGGUAUUAUAGUAAUUGCAGCAACAAAUUUUCCAGAAUCACUGGAUAAGGCCCUGGUGAGACCUGGACGGUUUGAUCGCCACAUUGUUGUUCCUAAUCCAGAUGUGGAAGGAAGGCGGCAGAUUAUGGAAUCCCACAUGUCAAAGGUCUUGAAGGCAGAUGAUGUUGAUUUGAUGAUCAUUGCGAGAGGGACGCCGGGGUUCUCAGGUGCUGAUCUUGCAAAUUUGGUCAAUAUAGCUGCUCUCAAGGCUGCAAUGGAUGGUGCUAAAGCAGUGACAAUGGCUGAUCUAGAGUAUGCAAAGGAUAAGAUCAUGAUGGGAAGUGAACGCAAGUCAGCAGUAAUCUCUGAGGAAUCACGGAAGUUAACUGCUUUCCAUGAGGGUGGGCAUGCCCUUGUUGCUAUUCAUACUGAAGGAGCUCUGCCAGUUCACAAGGCAACAAUAGUUCCAAGAGGUAUGUCUCUUGGCAUGGUUUCCCAAUUGCCGGACAAGGAUCAGACAAGUAUAUCCCGGAAGCAGAUGCUUGCUAGGCUUGAUGUUUGCAUGGGAGGCCGAGUUGCAGAGGAACUCAUCUUUGGGGAAAAUGAAGUUACCUCAGGGGCAUCUUCUGAUCUCCAACAAGCUACUAAACUUGCAAGAGCAAUGGUUACCAAGUAUGGCAUGAGUAAAGAAGUUGGGGUUGUUACCCACAAUUAUGAUGAUAAUGGAAAGAGCAUGAGCACUGAGACUAGACUUCUUAUUGAGCAAGAAGUCAAGAAUUUCCUGGAAAAGGCUUACAACAAUGCAAAAACCAUCCUUACCACCCAUAGCAAGGAGCUUCAUGCACUUGCCAAUGCUUUGCUUGAGCACGAGACACUCUCAGGGACCCAAAUCAAUGCUCUGCUUGCCCAAGUGAACUCUGAGGAACAACAACAGCCACAGCAUCAACAGAUAGUCGCACCACAGAGCAGUUCACAAUCCAAUCCAGUGCCUCCGUCAACACCUAAUCCAGCUGCAUCUGCAGCUGCAGCGGCUGCUGCUGCUGCCGCUGCAGCAACUGCAGCAGCCAAAGCAAAAGGUAUUGCUUCUGUUGGAUCUUAGCACAAAUGGAAUUAUAAGGCCUGUUGCCAAUUGGCCAUUCUAUUCAAUUUAACGUGCAUAUAGUGAUUGACUUCCAAGGCGUUUUGUGCUCUAGUUUGUAGCUUGAUUGCUGCCGGGGAUGUUCUAUUUAUGAACCUCUGUGAGUCUUGAGAUUGACCACGGGCUCUAGAAGUUAUGGCAAUAACAUGACCAUGCCAAAUGUAGCUGUUACUUAGAAGCGAAUUGAUAGAAAUCCAAUGCCUUUUUUUAAUUUUUCUUUGUUUUUCUUUUCUUAGUUUUAUUUUAUUUUAUCCUUAGCUUUAAUGGAUUUUGUUUAUACGGCUUCGAUAGGGUUUAUUUAUGGAUAAAAUUAUAAAAGAUUCUCAAGUUUUACUCUGC